UGCAGGAGAAACUGAUCUGUCAGUUGGAGUCAUUGUUGGAAUCACCAUUGCAAGUGCAGCUUUCGUUACCCUGGUGAUUGUUCUUUUGGUUUGGAUCGUCAGGAAAUGCGUUGAGCGAAAACAGCACAACAUGCUGGAUUAUCAGUCACUUCACAAGUAUAACUCCUUAGAUAUCAACAACGGAGAUAAUGUAAUGAUGCAGUUAAGGUCGAGCUCAAGUCUCCACCACAACAGUCUGUCGAGAGGGCGACUGUAUGAACAUCACGUCAGUACUCAUGGGCUGGAAAAUCCCUGGAGGGAAGAGGAGACUGAAAAGGAAUCCAGGCUGGACUCGUUUACUAUGGUGAAUUGCAAGCACUUCGAACCAAGCUCCGCGCGCUCUUACCACGGCUGGGACCCUGGCUACGAGAAGACAGUUCUCAAAGAAGCAGCAAAAGAAAUGAAUGAACUUGAUGUAGUUAUGAGAGAGAACUUGGACAACGAGGCACGUAUUACUGUUGGUCUACGGGACGAUAACCUCGUUCGUAUGGCGAGGCAGUCUCACAGCCAGUCUUCUUUGGGUCCAGAAAACACGGCCAAGAAGACAUCGAAGAAGAAAGAGGAACAAAACAGAGAAUCCACAGAGUGGGACUAUUCUUACGCCAAGAAUGCAAUAGCCGACGGUGAUAAGGGGCUGGAAGAUACGAAGUCACGUUUACAUAUACAAAAGGCGCAACUGAUGGCAGAGGAAAUGCUCCACCGGUUAGUAAAUGGUGACGUUAAUAAAGAAUUUCACGAACUGUCGGCUGAAAAGGCGGAAGGAACUUAUCUACGAGCAACCGAUCCAGUUAAUCUGCCCAAGAACCGCUAUAAGAACAUCCUUCCGUUCGAUCACUCCAGCGUGACUCUACAGCAGGUAAACGAAGGCGAAGGAGAGUCAGAUUACAUCAACGCAAAUUUCCUAGACGGAAACAAGCAGAGGAAUUCUUACAUCGCAGCUCAGGGCCCACUGGAUAAUACCGUUGCUGAAUUUUGGCAGAUGGUUUGGGAGCAGAACGUUCACGUGAUCGUCAUGUUAACAAGGCUGCAAGAAGGGAAGAAAGUUAAAUGCGUUAAAUAUUGGCCUGACACUGACGAAGAAGUUACCUUUAAAGACUUUGUGAUAACUUGCACUUACAAAAGAAAGCUCGACAGUCGUGUAGCUCGUCGGUUCCUCCUUGAAAAUUCUGGUAGCGGUGAGUGUCGAGAGCUCUUAUACUUUCAGUUUACUGCUUGGCCUGACUUUGGUAUCCCAUCAUCCCCAGCGGAUUUCCUUGAGUUGUACUAUGAAGUGAUGAAAGAGUACAGAUCACUUCAGGUGCCGCGGACCCCAAUGUUAGUUCAUUGCAGUGCGGGUGUAGGACGGUCUGGGGCUUUUUGCACCAUAAACAAUUGUCUGCAGGCGUUCAGAUCCACUGGCAGCAUAGAUGUGGCGGAAACUGUCCGGUCUUUGAGAAAACAGCGCGCUGGAAUGGUGCAAACUUUGGAGCAAUACGCCUUUUGUUACAAAAGUAUUAUUCUUGCCCUCCUGUAUCAAAUAAAGUUAAAGAAAUUGAAAGGGAUUUCUCUGUUGAGCUUUUCUGCAGCAUCGUCAAGUGGUGUUUGGACUUUGGCUGAAAGAUCACCAAGCCCCAAGGGAACAACUGAUGAAAGCCUCAGUCCAGAAAAUCCUAUAAGCCCUAGGUCCGAAAGAACGAAGGCAUCCUCACAAAGUGCGCCGCCUUAUUCACAUAGUCAGCAAUUGUUUCCUCCAUUGGAAUGUUCAGAAUGCAGCGGAGACAGUCUUCCUGCUGUGAUUGUUCAUUCCACUCCAAAGAGGCUUCUCGAAAAGCAAAACUCUUUCCCUUCGAAUGGGAGCAAGAGCGACAGUACCAAUUCAAGGGAAGCUUGUAUGGGCGAAAAACAGAAUUUAGAGAUACCCGUAGGAGAUUUGGGUGGACAGAAGAUGACGGGAAACAUUCGAAAGCGUCCUAAUCUUGGGGAGCCGCCGCCGCCGCCACCCCCACCCCCUCCGUCACGUGCUUUACCGCUCCCACUACCACACGAAAAUCACCUCCGUGAUGACGACUCAGUCCCUGAACUUCCUGAAGUUGACUACUCAGAUUAUGAGUUUUCCGAGGACGAUGAUGACUCUUUCCCUCCUCCCCCUGAGGCAUUUUCUGUGCCUGCUGAAGGAGAACAGUUGAACCAAUUUGAUUCCACGGCCUGAAAAACAACUUAGAUAGAAUGACUAUUAUAAACGACCUAUUUAAAACCUUUUGAGGAAGCAAAUAUUACUUUUAAGGCGCUGUCAUCAUUACAUCGAAACUUUUCGUUGAGUGGAAUAGGUCCGCUAAAACUAAUAAUGCAAUUAGAUAAUCGAUGAAUGACUGUGUUCUGUAGAGGAAGAAGUAACGCUGACGCGAUGACGAUUGUGUGAAUUUUUAUGUCAGCAAAAGUAAAAUUUAAAAAAAACAUGAAAAUAUUGAAGCAAAUGUAAGUUAUAAGUUUCUUGUAAGUGUUUUUAUUUUAAGGCUUACUUGAUGUGUAGAAUUUAAGAAUUUUAUAAUUCACAUUUUAGGACAAAAAAAAAGAACAGACAUUACAGUUAUUUAUAUUUUGUCUAGUAUAUCUUCAAGUGUAAAUAGGAACAGUGUAUUUUAGAUAAUAUUUUGGAAAAACAUAAAUUAUUUGUACUGUUGUUUUUCCAAAAUAAAUUAUGUUCUUAAAAUUUA